UAGUUAAAAGGCGGCUUUCCCGCCUCGACCCACAAAGGAAAUCCAGGAGCGUCCGAGUUCAGACGUCGCCUUGAAAACUUCAUUUUAACUAGUUUAUUUUAUUUCCCCGGUUCGUAUUUUAUUUCUCACAGGACAAUGGCUCUUCAGACGUCUAUCGCGGAAUAUUUCAACAGCAAGAAACGUCCGGCGGCUGACGAGAUAGUCAGAAGCCCGAAGGUGGUCGUGCUCGAGGGCGUCCCGCAAGAGACGGGGGACUUCGCGGAAUGCUGCGCGUCGCCGAAGUCCGAUGCGCUUUCCGCCUACCAGGACUCGCCGGCUGCAGAAAAGCUCGUCGUUUACAGGGAAUCGCCGAAAAGCGCGGGCCCGAAGUCCGUCCAGGCGCCAAAGCUCCAACGCAAGACCCCGAGGACUGCGAAGAGAAUAGCGAGAAAAGACUCUUCGGAGACUACGAAUGGAGACAUAAGAAGAUCUUUACUUCCUUCGUUUCAAAAUGCAGACAACGAGGUGGAGCCUGAGAAAGAUGUCAUAGUCCCGUUUCAAGUGAGGGGUCUGCCUUCCCCUAAAAAGAAAACUAAGGCGGCAUCAAUUUUCGCUAAGGAGGAGAAUGAUGUGAAAAAGAGUGAGCUUGUCAAGAACGGGAAAACGCAAGAGCUUAGGCUCUCCGAAGUCAAGGACAAGCUGUUGAAAAGUUCACGGCUUGAAAAAUUGAAGCAGGCGCUUAAAAAAGUCAACGAGAGCCAAGGACAGCUCAGGGAGGUCGAGGCUAAGAAGGAAGCCCUGCAAAACUCACCGACUUUCAAGAAGUUCACGAAAAUUGAGAUUGAAGUACCGACGAGCGCUGGGAAGAAUUUUAUGGAUGAGACCAGGGUGGCGUCUUCACCAAGCACGCUUAGGGCGGCGGUGUUCAAGUCGCCUUCGAAAUACCCGCCGGGUAAAAUGCCGUACAUCUCGCCCAGGAAGCUUUUUGACAGCCCGCAGAAAAGCCCUCUCACUAGUCCGACUAAAUCUCCAGCUUUCCAGACUUAUUACAAUCUCGCUUGUGCUGGAAAACCGACGCUUGUCCUUCCUUACAAAUACAAAUUCUUGGCAGAAAUAUUUAGGUCAGUGGACACUGUUGUUUCUAUAAUGUUUAACAGAAAGGAGACAAUAUUUUUUGAAAAGCUCAAAGCAUCAGUUCAGCAGAUGUCGAAAAAAAAUUUGACGGAGAAUAUUUUAGGCCAGAUAAAGAGCGUCCUUCCUAAUUCCUAUACGUUCAGAAGGGAGAAGAGGCACACUUUUUCGAACCAGGGGGAAAAAUACGAACUAGUUAUCAGCCCGAUUUUAGAUGGCAAAGACCACCUCGGACCGUCGCUUUUGCUCGAAAGACAGCGCGAGUUCUUCAAAUCGUUGCUGGAGUUGGUUAAAGACCACCACGAAGUCUACUUACAGUCUUUAAUCCCACCGCUCACUGUUCCUAAGGACAAGUUGACCCGUUGGCAUCCAGAGUUCAACAUCGACAACUGCCCGGACGUUCCUUCCGCAACGAUGCCGCAGUGUCUAGAUAAUGAGAAGAUCUCUUCUGCAAAAGAAGUUUUAACAAGAGCUAGAGAUCUGAUAGGAAUCAAUACAAGAAUGGACAAAGCAUUGGAAAGGCUGUGCGAGAAGAAAGACAAAGAAAACGGCAUCACGCCCGCCUCGCAAGCUUUACCCGGUUUGGCCAACGCCUUGAAAGGAAUACCAAAGUCUCUUUUAGAAAAGGUGCGUGCGAGACAGGCGGCAAAAGCGGCCGAGUUCCUCACCAGAUCUCCAGAGGAGACGAAGCGCAGGCUUGAGUUCACUCGUUUACCUGAGAUGGCACGCAUUAUCAGGAAUAUGUUCGUCCUUGAGAGAAAGAACAUCCUGUCUAAGUAUACAGUUUUGGAAAAGAUGCAGAACAGCUACAGAGAACACCUGACAAACAAAGAGUUAGAAAGACAUUUAGACCUGCUCAAGGAGUCAGUACCGGGUUGGGUCAUAGUGUACGAUGUAGACGGCGAGUCGUACGUCAAAUUAGCCAAAGACGCUGAUAUGUCCAGAGUUAUGACACGCCUGGAAGAAUUAAUAUCUGAGAACCGCCUUAAUUUUUAAACCUAAAAAAGAACAAAAAAAUCUCAACUUAUAUUUUAACUUACUUUUAAUUCUUUUUAUAC